AUGGUUUCAGCUAAAUCAGCCGGUUUCUUGGCUGUGGGAUCUUCCCUGGCCGCUCUCAUUACGGUAUUUAUAUAUUUGCCGGCGUUGAUUAUGAGAAUUGGCGAGAUUAAUGCGCAGGUAAGGCCAGAGUAUCACGUAUAAUAUUAUUUUUUUUGAAAAAAGGUGUAAAACACGUUUUGCAGUUGAAAGUGGACACAGAAGAGUUCCGAUCGAUUGCUGACGAAGCCUGGUCUGAUAUGUUGAGAGCCAAGAAAGUGAAAGGAUUCAUGAGACCUCGUCGUCAGGCUUACGGGGAGGCUAAAGUCUAUGGAGAAGUUAAAGGAUACGGGGAGGCCAAACAAUAUGGAGGAGGGUACUCGAAGCCUGAAACUUAUGGGACUACCGGGCCUUCUUGUUCUUGCAAUGCCCAGAACAGUUGUCCCGCUGGUCCUCCAGGCCCACCAGGAAAGGCGGGAGAAGACGGAGUGCCCGGCUCGAGAGGCCCGGCUGGAGCUCCAGGACUUCCUGGAAAUGCUCCACCAGUCACUGUGGAUCCGGUAAGAACAUCUUCACAGUUUCCAGUAACUCUGCUUUACUUUUAUGUUAUUUUAUUGUUUUUAGAAUACGGGAUGCCGUGUCUGUCCUCAUGGUCCUCGUGGUCCAGGUGGUCCGGCCGGAGAUGCUGGAAUUGACGGACCUGACGGCUACCCAGGCCCUGCGGGAAGAAAUGGCGAGAACGGACGUCCAGGAUACCCUGGAAACGCUGGCAUCCCCGGAGAACCCGGAGCUCCGGGCAAAUCGGGAGAACAAGGCGCCCCAGGCAAGAAUGGAGUCCGUGGUCAGAAGGGGCCGCCAGGAAGGAAGGGAGACUCCGGACCGCCAGGACAAAAGGGACCAGAGGGAUAUCCUGGUCCAGACGGAGCCAGAGGAAACGAUGGAGCUCCGGGACCAGCUGGACCACCUGGUCAAGUAGGUGCACCUGGAUCGGAGGGUCAACCCGGGGUCCAAGGCCAGACUGGAGAGCCUGGCGAAGAUGCGCAGUAUUGCCCAUGCCCAAAUAGAAGUUCGGGAGUUGACAAACCCGCUUCUUAUGAUUCCCAACCAGUUCAGCCAACUUAUGGAAAUGGAAAUUCGGGUGGUGGAUAUGGAGGAAACUCGAAUGCCGGAGGCUACGGAACUCCCGCUCCGACCUAUGAAAGUCAUCCAGCUCCAGUUGAUCAGAGCGCUUAUAGACGUUUGGUAUAAGCAAAAAAAAGCUAUUUGAUGUUGUGCUCGAUGAAGUGAUAUACCUGAUAAAUCAGAUAUGAUCUUACAAAACAAUUGCAUUAACAUUAAAAAUAAAAAGCCGGCACUUUAUGUAUCCUUCCAAUAUUAGAUUACAUUUUGUCGUCCAUUUUCUCCAGAAUUUUUAAUAAGCAUGUACAUGGGCGUGAAUAGAUUAAGGAAUUAGAUUACAAGUAACGUGUGUCGCUUGGAUACAAGCUCUAUCACAAAACAGUUCGAGUUCAGAAACCUUAUUCAUGUUCUAAUUUCAUUACUCUAUUGCUACAGCAAUGACGCCGGCGUAUCUUUAUUUGAGUUAACGCCGUCUCUAUGGACAUGGUAGAUGCUUUUACUGAGAAAUUAUCCAAUAUUCAGUUCGUUUUCGGCAUUUUCCUCUGCUUUCUGGGCAUUUAUCACUACUGUGCGCAAAUUUAUUGCGUUUUAUUUUUAUUCAAACGACACUUGAGGCCUUAUUUGUUCUUGGUGAAUAUGAUAUUUUGGCUGAUUUUUAUGGUUUCCAAUGUGCCUUACAACAUUUAUAUUGCGACAAAUUAUAGUGGUAAGUUUGCUGGUGCAAUGUAUGUCUGCAAUGGAUAAUUACCUAAAUGUGUCUUUUGAAUCUUGAAGUUUUACUAACAAUCUGCAACUUAUCCCUGUAUCAGUCUCUAACAACUUCGGCUCUCACUUGCAAGUCGUAGCAUAUAUAUUAAUCAAUCUUUUUCCGAGAGACUACGGUAACGGAGGAGAGCCGGCUAGGCAAAAAAUCCUCUUAAAUUUAUAAAACACGACUUUUGCUUGAAAGGGCAAGCCGAAACUUUCCGAUAGUCCUUGAGAGGCCCUACUCUCAAAUUGACCCGAGUUUCAGUCAAGGCUUUAUUCAUCUCUAACUUUUAGCGACCGCCGAAACAUUAGACACGAACUGGCUGUUUGCCUCAGGCGUCGUUCCCUACCUCUGCAUACCCGCUCUUUCCUUGUCGAUCACCAUGAUAAUUUUGGAUCGAAUCGGGACCAUUUUAUUUCCCUUUGAUCAUUUUAAGAUCCAAAAGUGGUUAAUGAUAGCCAGCAUCCCAAUCAUCGCCUUUUCAUGUUGUGUGGCCCUUUUCACAAUAUUGCCAGAGAUACCUUGGGGCGAGAAAAGUGGUGAGUUAUGUGAUUUUUGAGAUGCUAAUCGUAAAUUUAGACAAACUCCAAUUUUUUUUAACACGUUGAAACAGGAAGCCAAAAAUGGCGGUAAAUUUGAAAUUCAAAAAUAUGUUAAUUUGGCAUUUGUUUUUACUUGUAAAACAAAGGUUACAACCAGUAGCUGCUUAAGAAAUCUUUCGAGGCACGUAAAGGCUUCAUAAAUUCUGUUUUUUGUCCGCUUAAACAAGAAACACCUGUUCAAAAAAGAGUGUAACUAAGAUAAUAUAAUUUAUUUCUUUCCAGACUGUAUGGCCUUAGGGUGUUUGCUUCGAAAAAACAAAGGGAUCCCGCAAUUACUGAGUAAACUGGGGCUGGGGAUGAUCAACAUCGGAUGUGCCUUCCAUUUUCUCAUUUUAUUCAGACAAUCGCAGAGACGGAACAACAAAUCGGAACUCUGGAAAAAUGUAAGCAAUAAUAAAACUGGCGGAAAAUAAAAUUAGCAAUCCUUUUGUCGUACCUUGAGCGCCUCUGGUAAAAAAUGAAAAGUCUAAAGUGCAUUGUGAAUAUUCUAAACGGGAGAACUUUUAUUUCCAACCAUUUCCAGGUGACCAAGAUGACGUUCCUCCUUUUCCUCAACGAAUUAUUACUCAAUGUACUCCCCAAUCUGGCUAUUCUCAUAAUUUAUUUUGUAAGUCAUUAUAAUACUGUACUUAUAAAACUUAAACAUAUAUUUUUGUUACAGUAUACCCGAGUGCCAUUUGCUGAACUUGCGGGGCCUUAUUUGAUGACUUUGACUUGUAUCGAAGGGAUCGUUACAGUACUCUUUUAUCAGAAUUCUCUGAAGAAACGGAUCGAAAUUAUAAAUCGAGAACGAGCGAGGAAUGUGUCCAUAAACAGAAUUGGGACAACUGGCACUAGAAUUGUUGCUUGGACUUCCACAACCAGAACACACAGUAAUUUCAAAGGAUCGCUGUCGUUUACAUAA